AUGGAGGAGGAAGCAUCAAAAAAGAGUGGUGGAAGAGUCUUCAGCGAAAAAGACGAUCUUGUUAUUCUGAGUGGUCUUGCUGAUUUCCUUUCCAAAACUGGAAAGGAUCCUUUGAAGCAUGCAGCUGAUUUUCACUAUUUCAUGCAGGAGGAAAAAUCCUUUCGUUCAGAUUUGAGUAACAUGCAAAUUAAGCGAAAAGUUCGAACUUUAAAAGACAAGUUUGAAAAAAGUCAGAUUUUCACUAAACCACAUGAUAAAAAAGCUUUUAAACUGUUCAAUAAGAUUAUUUGGAGAAAUAAUGAUGAGAAUGAAGCUGGAGAAGAAAAUCGAAUGGAUGUGGAAGGUAGUGUUGCUUAUAUUUUGAAUGAAAUUUUUAGAUUUGACGGUGAUAUCGCUUUGAGUAAGGAUGAUGCGAAAAAGGGAUUGGAAUCGAUAGACGAAUCAUUGAGGGCAGAAAUGGAAGAAAAGUGGAGGAAGCUUCGUAUGGAUGAGAUGAACCUUGUUGUGACUCGGGCACAGUACGCUAAGGAUCGGGCCAGGUUGGUCUUGUAG